AUGCCUGACCAACCCGCACGUCUCUGUGGACUGCCAGCGCCAGCUAUCACCAAGACGAUUCCCACUGUUCAACGUCCAACCUUUACGCAGUGCUCUCCCAAAGCUCUUAGAGUCUCCAACAAGGCGCUUGCACACCCUGAUUCAGCACUCGACAGUGUCAAUCGUUCGGAUGUCAUGCAUGGGAAAGGCUGGGAAGGGCUAGCGUGGUCAGACUCGACACGAGGGCUGGACAUACUAUGCAGUGGCUCCGAGAUCGACGAGACGCAGUGUUGGCGACGUACCGAGCUUUGGACCCCGGGGAGUCCAAAAGUGCGAGGAGCUCAGACGCCACGAGUCAAGGUGACGAGCUCCCUGAACAACCUGCUGGGCCUCGAAAGCCCCGAGUCGUCCAACACCCGGCUAGAGGCCCUGAAACGACUGAUCAGCUCCGAUCUCGUAAAAUCCUCGAAGACAGCCCAGCAAGAGGCAUGGAACCACCAGCUCGGGAUCUUUUGGGCGCUUUAG